AUGUUACUAAUCCGAAGGUUGUACUCUUCUAGGCGUGGUUCUGGAGGGGUGAAGUUUCUUCCAGAAUAUAAACUUAAAUGUGGACUAGAAAUCCAUUCACAGUUAAAUACCAAGAACAAAUUAUUUUCAAUGUCAACUAAUGAUCCAUUUCACGCUGCCAAUAACCCCAAUUAUCAUACGUCAUACUUUGAUGUAUCAUUACCUGGUACUCAGCCAAAAUUAAAUUAUGAAGCGGUGUUAUUUGCUUCAAAGCUAUGCUUAGCAUUACAAUGCGAUAUUAACCUUAACUCUCAAUUUGAUAGAAAGCAUUACUUUUACGGAGACCAGCCGUUAGGAUACCAAAUUACACAGCACUACAAACCGUUUGCCAAGGGGGGGCAGUUGAUCAUGUACCGAGAUCUUGAUAAUAUUGACGAAGUUAUGAAGCGUAUAGAAAUUGUUCAAAUACAAAUUGAGCAGGAUACGGGUAGAUCAUUAUAUGCCGGGUCAGAAACAGGUACGCUUAUUGACUUAAAUCGCUCUAAUGUGCCACUAAUAGAGCUGGUCACAAAGCCGCAAUUUAACGAUGUCAAACAGGUUUGUGCCUUUAUCAAGAAGUAUCAAAACUUGCUCAGGCACUUAAAAAUUUCGACUGGCGACCUGGAGACAGGUGCUAUGAGAGUAGAUGUAAACUUAUCAGUUAAUGGAAAUGCACGUGUAGAGCUGAAAAAUCUACCUAAUACAAGCUCUAUUAGAAAUGCAAUUAUCUGCGAAUAUCAGAGGCAAGUAGAUAUUAUUCGCUGUGGUAAGGCUGAAGAAUUACUUAGCGAGCCUCAAACCAGAGGUUGGACCGGUUCCGAAACAGUAAAGUUAAGAAGUAAAGAGACUACUAUUGAUUAUAGAUAUAUGCCAGAUCCCGAAUUACCUAAGGUUACGUUAAGCUCUGAUGUACUUACUGGUGUUGCCUCAGAACUUCCAGAACUACCAGAUGCCAUUUUGACGAAAUUGCUAAGCAAACCGUACUCCAUGUCUCUCAAAGAUGCCAAACUUUUGACAACAAAUAGUAGCAGCCAUACUAAUUUAUACUCCACCCCAGAGUUGCAAGAAUUCUACAUGAAAACGUUUGAAGAAUUUUGCAAAUUUAAUGGUUCUAUUAUCGAAAGCAAGUUACCUGCCAACUGGAUUAUUCAUGAAUUAUUGGGUAAUUUAAACAAAUUACGCAUUCCCUUAAGCGAAGCUUCUAAAAUUCUUGACCCAAAAACAUUUGGAGAGUUUUUGAAUUUAAUAUAUCGCAAGUCCAUUUCUAAAGCAAGUGGUAAACUAUUAUUAUUUUAUGUUUUGAACAACUUCAAAACUUCUGGCUUUACUGACUUGCAGGGUAUAAAUUUUGAGGGUCUGAUAGCAGAGUACGAGUUGAAUCCACUCAACCAAGUAGAUGAAACUCAGUUGCAAGGUAUUUGCGAAGAGAUUCUAAAUGGAGUAGAUGAUGGAGUAAGGAGAGAUAUUAUAUCUGGUAAGAAAAAGAACGCCAUACAUUUCCUGGUUGGCCAAGGAAUGAAGCUCUCUCAGGGGAGAAUUGAAGCUCCAUUAUUAGAAAACACUUUCAAGAAGAUAUUAGGCAUCAAGAAAUAA